CAUGAAGAGGCGUCCUAAUUCUCUGAACAUCCCCCUCACAGAUGAUAUGGUACGUGGGCAGGUGGGGGCCAAGAUUGCCCCCGCAGUGGACCACUGGCACCUGAGUGACCUCAGUCAGCUGCAGUCCAACUCCAUCUACAAGUGUCCACCUGAUGAAAUGUCGGAAUCUGGACAGUCCUCUGCAGCUGCCACGCCGAGCACCACGGGAACAAAAUCGAAUACCCCCACGUCGUCGGUGCCCUCUGCUGCUGUGACGCCCCUGAACGAGAGCCUUCAGUCAAUGAACGACUAUGUCACUUCAAAAAAUAACAAACGGUCACGGGAGAAACGGAACAGCCGAAAUAUGGAAGUGCAGGUGGUCCAGGAGACAAGGAACGUGAGCAUAGGAAUGGGAAGCAGUGACGAGGGAUCAGACUUCCAAGAUAUUGACUCUACUCCAGAGUUGGACAUGCAGGAUCCUAGACUGGAGCGCACAGGGAACAGCCCAACACAAGGGAUAGUGAAUAAAGCCUUUGGCAUCAAUACUGACUCCCUGUAUACCGAACUUACUGAAGUGGGCUCAGAGGCCAUCGGAGACGUGGAUGAAGGAGCAGAUCUACUAGGGGAAUUUUCAGUACGGGAUGAUUUCUUUGGGAUGGGCAAAGAAGUGGGGAAUCUCUUGAUGGAGAAUACACAGCUGCUAGAGACCAAAAAUGCUUUGAAUAUUGUGAAGGAUGAUUUAAUUGCAAAAGUGGACCAGCUUACAGGAGAACAGGAGGUGCUGAAAGAAGAGCUGGAAGCAGCAAAGCAGGCAAAAUCCAAAAUGGAAGCACGUAUCAAGGAACUUGAGGAAGAACUUAAAAAAGUGAAAUCAGAGGUGAUAGUUGCCCGCCGAGAGCCCAAAGAAGAGGUGGAGGAUGUAAGCAGCUAUCUCUGUACAGAAUUGGACAACAUCCCUAUUGCUCAGAGACGACGCUUCACCCGGGUGGAGAUGGCGCGCGUCCUGAUGGAGCGCAACCAGUACAAAGAAAGGUUGAUGGAACUGCAGGAGGCUGUCAGGUGGACGGAGAUGAUCAGAGCUUCCCGGGAACAUCCUUCCGUUCAAGAGAAGAAAAAAUCCACCAUUUGGCAGUUCUUCAGCCGAUUGUUCAGUUCCUCCUCCAGCCCUCCGCCAGCGAAAAGAAGCUACCCAUCCGUGAAUAUUCACUAUAAGUCUCCCACAGCAGCCGGGUUAAGCCAGCGCCGCAGCCACACCCUGUGUCAAAUCUCUGCCGGGAACCGAACUCUUGAGUUUUUCCCAGAUGAUGAUUGCACAUCUUCGGCACGUCGUGAGCAGAAGCGAGAGCAAUACCGCCAGGUCCGUGAGCACGUCCGGAACGAUGAUGGCCGCUUACAGGCCUGUGGGUGGAGCCUGCCAGCCAAAUACAAACAGUUGAGUCCCAACGGUGGCCAAGAAGAUAAUCGGAUGAAAAAUGUCCCUGUCCCUGUUUAUUGUCGCCCCUUAGUGGAGAAGGACCCUACCAUGAAGUUAUGGUGUGCAGCUGGUGUAAAUUUGACAGGCUGGAAGCCCGGGUUGGAACCAGACGUUGCAAAUGGUCAAAAGCCUGAACUGGGAUGUGAUCCACUGACAUGUGAUCGAGAGGUAGAAGGAGAGAAUAUGAAGAGUAAUCACACCUCUCCAGAAAAGAAAAAGACCAAAGAACUGCACGAGAUGGAUGCCACCUCCAGUAGAGUAUGGAUCCUCACCAGCACCUUAUCUACUAGCAAAGUGGUUAUCAUCGAUGCCAACCAACCAGGAACGGUGGUGGAUCAUUUCACAGUUUGCAACGCCCACGUGCUUUGCAUCUCCAGCAUUCCAGCGGCCUGCGAUUCCGACUAUCCUCCUGGAGAAAUCUUUCUGGAAAGGGACUUGAAUCCUGAGGAAUCUUCAGGGACAGAUGGAGUCUUAGCAGGCAUCACUUUAGUUGGCUGUGCAACUCGUUGCAAUGUUCCUAGUAGCAAUUGCUCCUCCCGUGGAGACACCCCCGUGUUGGACAAAGGACAAA